CAGAUCUAGUACCUGUAACAAUAACAUAAGACCGCAUAAUGACACAACAGAAGAAAAUACCGAAAAUAAAGAAGAUCAAAGAAGAGUUAAAUAAAGAAUUUACAUUUUUGAAAAAUGUAUUUUCUGUGAUGGCUUUACCUUUGCAGAUGAAAGGUGAGAAUGAUGACAACAUGGAUAUAGAAAUUGUAAAUGAUAAUCCAAAGAGUAAUGAAGAUGUUGAAAUGCCUAAAAGAGCUCGCAGUAUAGCGGAACUUGAAGAAAAGUUAGAAAAGAUUAAAUCCCAAAACAAAUUCAGUUUCAAAAAUAAACUACAAAAGAAAAGCUUAACUAGUAAAUUGAAUAAGAAAAUUAAGAAAACAGAAAGAGUUAAGGCAAAAGUUAAACCUGUUGUGGAUAAACCUUUUGCUGAUAUGCUGAAGGCCAGUGUAGAGGAGAAACCUAAACCAAACAUAGCUAAGCCUGUUUUCAACAAUGAAGGAAAACUUGUAUUCUCUAAAUUUGACUUUGCCAAUGUUGGCAAAAAAGAAAGACCAAACAAAGCAGAAAAAGAUCCUAAAAAGAUUUUGGAAAACCUUAAACAACAAGAAGAACGUCUCAAACAGUUGGAAGAAAAAGAAGACAGUUAUAAAGUAAAAGAAAUAAAAGAAAAAAUUGCUUGGAAAAAUGUACUCCAAAAAGCUGAAGGACAAAAAGUGAAAGAUGACCCAAUAUUAUUGAAGAAGACAAUUAAGAAAAUGGAUCAAAAGAAAAAGCAAAGUAAGAAGCAGUGGGACACUAGAGUUCAAAAUGUUGAACAGAAGAAAACAGAAAGGCAAAAGAAAAGGUCAGAAAAUAUUGCCAAAAAGAAGAAAGAAAAGAAAUCUAAAAUUAUAAAGACGUCAAUCAAGAGGGGCCGUGUUGUAAUAUAGUGAAUAAAAAUCUUGUAAGAUUUUAAGAAUAAAUUGCUUUGUACAAACGACA